AUGCAUCUAACGCGUUUGGAAGCUUCAAAACCUGCUUUCCAAAUAAAACAGGAUUUACGUCACGGGAAAGCCGGUGUCCCCAGAGGAAACAGGUGGUUGGGAGGUGCCCCCUGCUUAUUCUGGGUGGCUAUCAGUUUAGACUUGGUAGGGUUGUCCCUUCUGUUGAUUGGCAUUUUUGCCAACGUGCAGGUCAGUGGCAGGGGGGUUGGGGACUGCUUCGUCUACACCGGUGCGAUCAUCAUCUUCUUCAGCCUGAUCUGGUGGCUCUCCUGGUGCACUGGCAACAUUGAGGUUUCUCUGGAGGAACUCGAGAAAGGCGCUGUGGUCAGGGAGAACAGCUUGGCCAAGCUGACCAGAAAGUUUUCCGAAAGGUUGGCAGUCAAAAAGCACAUUUCACCCGCGGAGGACAGUAAACAGAACAAGAAGGGAGUCGGGGAGCUCUCCACGGCCAACGGCCGGGACGUGGGCAGGGAAUGGGGCGAAGUGUGGCCGCAGCAGAGGCAGGAGCCCAGAUACGUGGAGCUCAGUAACGUGAGGCGGCCCAGGGAGCAGCAGAGUGGAGAGAGGCUGCUCUAGACGGGCAAGAAUCCCUAUUCAAAUGAAUGGGGUCAACAACACUGCAUUAGAUCUCGGCUAGUGUGGAACUGCAAAGGUGACUUCAUUGUAAUGCUGGGGAAUCUAACAAGCUCAGCCUCUGCCUCUGGUCUCCCUGCAGAGUUCAAUGAUGAAGCACAGUGAUAGAUGCAGUGAUGUCUGUCACAUGAUAGAUUCUGGACAUAUAGCUGUUGCACCUAAUCCGAGACCAGCUUCUGUGGAAUUGGCUGACAGUUGCCUGUCUUCUAGAGAACCACUGGCCAGAGCCAGGAAAAAUGGGCUCAUUAAUUCAAACUAUUCUUAUAGCCAUCGUAUUAGGACUGAACGAGUGUGUUUAUAUGAUUCGCAUAAUCCUAAAGUAGCUGGUAUUACUACAAUUGAUUUAUUUUCCUAAUAUUUGUUACCUGUGUCAACUAAAAUUGUUCAUCUUCUGAAUAACUAAUUGAUGGUCUUUUCCCCUCUCCAGUACAGAUGAUCAUGUGACACUUAAUGUAUGUAAAAUAUGAAGGAAACAGUGUUCCACUGAAGAAUGAAAGCUUUAAUUUUGUGCACAGUUUCUUCAGACAGUGAAGAUUUUUAUUUCCUUAAAAGCACGUAAUGACUGAUCUAUUUUAUCUUUGUAUUCGUCAUGAUACACUUUAUCCUUGACAGAAUUGUUUUAGCUAUAUAUUCAAAAAAAGAAUGUUGCUCAAUCUUGCUGUCUUCGCUAUGAAUGCUUCUCUCACUAAAAAUUCAGAACACAAAUAGCAACAUAAUAUGCAGCCAUGGUCAUGUUUGGGUUUAUUUACUUUUGCACUAAUGUGUAAUCUAUUAAAUUCAAUAUUGCAUUGUGCUUGAUCAGGCCUUGUGUGUUUGGUGUGCUGUUCUCAGUGUAGUUAUCAGUCUUACACUUUCAAAUUUAAGUUGUA